GUACUCGUAUAUUUCAUUUCUUUAUCAAAGUAAUUUUCUGAUAUUGACUUGUUUUAGACACCUGCCAACUGGAAUAAGAACGUUUGUCGACAGAUUAAAAGGCUUCUAGCCGCAUAUAUGAGAGAAAAUAUGCCACACGAACCAUCGGAAAUAGAGGACAAUGUGGCUGAUUGUAGCGGUGACGAACUUGGUGAAACAGUUAGUAGCCAAGGUGAACCAGUUGAUAUGCCCGCUGAUUGUAGCGGUGAUGAACAAGUAGCAAGGGACAAUGAAGACGAAAUGGAUUCUCCUCGGAAGCCCGAGCCCGAAUGUGUUGCCAAGAAAGUACCAACAUACAAAAAUAUAAAACCCGAACCAGAUAUUGUCAUCCGAAAAGGACCUGAGUACACAAAUAUGAAACCGGGCCCGGUAAAAAUUUCCCCCAAAGCAUCCAGUUACAGUGACAUCGAUGAUUCAGAUGACGAGCUAAAGGAACUCGUUGAAAGGAAGAAACGUUUAGAAAGAGAGAAAGAAUCCUUGAGUGAUGCAAAACUACGUAGGCGAGCAGAAAGGGAGAGACUUAAAGCUAAAUUGCAGACUGAUGUGAACACAUUAGAAUCCGAGGUUGCCGAACUUUCCGGAAGAUAUAAAGACCCAAGACGUUAG